GUGGUGGCGCACUACUGGGCCACGUGGUGCGAACCCUGCGGCGCGAUGGAUCAGCUCGUGCGCCAACUCUCGUCCCAGUGGACCGGCGUGGCCUUCGCGCGCGUCGAGGCGGAGGAGGUGGACGAGCUCACCGAGCGCUACGACGUCAGCGCGGUGCCCUUCUUCACCUUCCACAAGGGCGCCGGCGCGCCGCUGGACAAGCUCGAGGGCGCCGACGGCAAGGCUCUCGCGAGCAAGACCCAGCAGCACUUCGGCGUCGCGUCAUCCGCGCCCCGGGCGGCCGACGGCGCUUCGAACGGCGCCGCGCCCGUCGCGGGAACCCACGCGAGCGACGCGGGACCCGGCGACCUCGACGCGAGGCUCCGUAAGCUCACCACGCAGACCCCGGUGGUGCUCUUCAUGAAGGGCGACCGGGACGAGCCGAGGUGCGGGUUCAGCCGCAAGGUGGUCGAGGCUCUCAACGACACGGGCGUGGAGUACUCGACGUUCGACAUCCUGCAGGACGAGGACGUGCGACAGGGACUUAAGACGUUCAGCAACUGGCCCACGUACCCGCAGCUGUACGCGGGCGGCGAACUGCUCGGCGGGUGCGACAUCGUGCUGGAGAUGGCGGCCGGCGGUGAGCUGAAGGCGGCACUCGAGGAGGCGACGGCGGCGGCGAUGCCCGAGGAGGACAUCAACUCGAGGCUCGCCAAACUCGUCAAGAGCUCCGAGGUGGUGCUGUUCAUGAAGGGCGACCGGGACGAGCCGAGGUGCGGGUUCAGCCGCAAGGUGGUCGAGGCUCUCAACGACACGGGCGUGGAGUACUCGACGUUCGACAUCCUGCAGGACGAGGACGUGCGACAGGGACUUAAGACGUUCAGCAACUGGCCCACGUACCCGCAGCUGUACGCGGGCGGCGAACUGCUCGGCGGGUGCGACAUCGUGCUGGAGAUGGCGGCCGGCGGUGAGCUGA